AUGGAUGUUGGAAUUGAGAUUGGCGAUAGUGGUGGGACGAAUGUUGGAAACAAGCAUGGCAAUGGUGGUGGGAUGGAUAUUGGAAAUAAGGCUGGCGAUGGUGAUGGGAUGGAUGUUGGAAAUGAGGGCUGCGAUGGUGGUGGGAUGAAUUUUGGAAAUAAGGGCCGAGAUAGUGGUGGGAUGAUUGUUGAAAAUGAAGGUGGUGAUGGUGGUGGGAAAUAUUUUAGAAAUGAGGACCACGAUAGAGGUGGGGCAGACGUUAGAAAUGAAGGAGGCAAUGGUGGUUGUAUGGAGGUGGAUAAUGAGAUUGUUGGACCAUUGAUUACUAGAGUAGAUGAUAGGGUUAAGAUCAGUUUAAGUGGAGGGUAUUUGAAUAUUUAG